GUUUCAGGGAGUUGCCGAGAGGUCUGGCUCUGGUGCUAGGGAGCAACGGACCAAUCAACUUUGCUUUCUGAUCGUUGCGCUGCAGUGUGGUGCAAAGCCGCCCGCAAUUUUUGCUGCGGCGCCGCGUAAAAACCGACGCUCUCAGCCACCACUUGCAACACAGACCGGGGCGCCGGCGCCGCGCAAGACACCGAUCUCCACAGCCACCACAGAGCAACAAAUAGACCAGGGCGCAGGACGACGGGCGCCCGCCACGCAUGCGCAUCCUCACCUUCAUCGCACCGCUGCUCGGCAGCAGGAAGAUGACGAAACUCCAGGGCCACGAGGAGGAGGCGCUCGGCGACGCCGUCGCCUGGUGCGUCGCAAACGGCGGCUGCUACGCGGACCCCAAUGAUCCCAAGUUGUAUGGGCACGCGCCGUUUGCCCUCGAACCAUUUCCGUUCCCUCGUGCUGAGUACGAUCGGGUCGUUGCUCUGCAGCCGGCCUUCGGCCGAUUGGUUGAUUGUGUCGCGCGCGACGCGGCCUGGCUCGAGGAGACGCUCAAGGAGACUGCCGCGUCCGACGAGUUUACACGGAAAUUACUCGAGUUACGCCGAGAAACCGACGCGAAAGGUCUCAAGCAGACCUGCUCGUUAGGUCUACUCAGGAGCGACUACAUGCUCGACGCCCCCGGUUCGAAUGCGGAAGACGGCUCCGGGCGAGCGUUGCAGGUCGAGCUGAACACGAUCGCCUCGUCCUUUGGGUGCCUCUCGACGGUCAUUUCCGGUCUGCAUUCAUAUAUAGCGCAGAAGUACGAGGGGGCAUCAAAUGGCGUGUUACCGCCUAAUAAAGCCAAGGAUGGACUGUGCGCCGGUCUAGCGGCGGCCCACGCCGAGUUCCUGCGCCAGUUUCCGUCGUCGGACGUACCGAGGCGCGUCGCCAUGGUCGUCCAACCGGGCGAGCGGAACCAGAUGGACCAGCGCAUGCUCGAGCACGGGCUCUGGGAGGGGCACGGGGUGGAUUUGCGGCGCGUCACUUUACUAGAUGUCGAAGAGAAUGAGGGGAAGUUGAUUUUUGGUGAGGGUGAUGAUAAAUGGGAGGCGUCCGUCGUCUACUUCCGCGCGGGCUACGCGCCCGACGACUAUGCGUCGGACAAGGAGUGGCAGGCUCGCGCUGUUAUUGAGGAGUCGAAGGCGAUCAAGUGCCCGACGGUCGCCUAUCAACUCGCCGGCACGAAGAAGGUGCAACAAGCAUUGGCGGCGCCCGGGGUGAUCGAGAAGUGGCUGCCCGACGACGCGGAGUCGUUACGAGGCGUCUUCGCGGGGCUGUAUUCUCUAGACGUGGCCGACGGUGCUUCAGUCGACGCCAUCGUCGCCGAAGCUAUUGACAACCCUGCAAAAUUCGUGUGCAAGCCGCAGCGCGAGGGCGGCGGCAACAACCUGUACGGCGACGAGCUGAAGGAGAGUUUGAUGAAGUUCUCUCCCCAAGAACGGGCCGCCUACGUGCUCAUGGACCGCAUCCAGCCUCCGUCAAAAACGGCGACGCUCGUCCGAGGCGGCGAGUCUAUUGUAGGUGCCUGCGUCUGCGAGCUUGGUAUUUAUGGGACGAUCCUGACGAAUGGUGAAGGCGCUACUAUCUUCGAGAACACGCCGGGCCAUCUGCUGAGGCAGAAGUCGCUGGGGGUGGACGAGGGCGGCGUCGCCGCGGGCUUCGCGUGCCUGUCGUCGCCGGCACUUGUGUAAC